CUGGUCAACCGAUCGUUAUCAUGGGGAGAAUUAAGAAGGUAGCUAGCCAAAAGCAUGAGGCUACAAUUUCACCUUUUUUGCAAGAAUUCAUAGCGCGUGCCACAAGUCUUCCCGUUCCAGAGCUCCCGUCGCUUCUCAACACAUUCCCAAAGCUAUGGCCGUUCCCACGCGGUGAUCUCUACCAUUGGAUCAAUGUCCUAGACCGAUUCGACGAGAUUCUGGCCUCAGCUGUGGAGAAAUACUUCCUGAAUACCGGCCCUCAAACCCAGCUGUUUACCCGAAGUGUUUUGGAGGGAUCAUAUUCGGCCGAUGAGAGCAAGAGCCCCGCAGAGGGUGUUGAUGCUAAACUGAAUGCCCUGGGAUAUGGCCCUGAUGGAGAUAGAGAGCUUGUGGAAGCAGUCCUUGAUUUCUCUCGUCUUUUGCUCGAGAAAUGUGGAAACCGCAGCCUGUACAGCAGCAGCGAUCGCCUGGGUGACCUGUUGAAUACCACCUCACUUUCUCUCCUACAAUCUACAUUGCGGCUGUCUCUUUGCUUAGCCCAACGGUAUCACUCUCGCCAGCGUGGUACCCAUCAGCAGUCUGUAUUGCAGUCCCAUUAUGCUCUCGACCUCGAAAAAUUGCAGAAGAUCGCAGCACCCUUCCAGCGUCCAGUCAUCGCUAGUAAAACGCCAUUUGCCGCAUCAACCGCAGUUCUAACCAAGGGGAAGGAAAAUACAGCCCAGACAAAAAUCAACGCCAAUGAACUGGUUUCCCUUGUGCGUGAUCGCGAUGGCUGGGAGGAAUGGGGAGAUGUUCGAAUUCUCUACUAUCCCUCGGGCUCCGAACAGACCAGAACGACCUCCGAAUUUGGUCAAAUAGAGCAUGGCUCCCAUGUCCCAACCACACCAACCCCAUUGCGACGUAGUGCGACGCACCCAACUCCUCAUUCUAACCAGGCCUCGAAUGGGGAUGAAUCACCAGCUGCCAUCGGUGGGAAGGCAGAGGAGGCCACGCGAGGUAGCAAAGUCCUAGAGCUUCCAUAUUCAAAAGUUUCAACUGCAAAGAUGGAAGAUCUCCUUGCGGCAAACUUGCCUCAUCUGCCCCUGGAAUCAAAAUAUGAGCUGCUUCAAAAGCUCCGAGUCGCCAAGGCGCUGACAGCAACGCGUGCCACACGAGAACAAAUCCUUUCCAUCAAGGCACUGGCUGUGACCAACCUGGCCCAUGUCCAGCCGGAGAGUACCUUCCAAUCAAAGGUUCUUCAAUCUGAUCUGGAACAACCGAAGCGCCUUCAGCUUGCUUACCAGCUUGCUGAAGUGGUUCAUCUCGGUGCCAGUGGUGAUCUUGAGGUCUCUCGCACUGUCCAAACUUUGGCGAUCCAGGCACUGGACUCGUUGGCCAAGCAUAAGGCUCGUGCUGUUGACGUCUGUGCAGCUUUGAGCGUCAAUGUCAACCACGGAAUUCUCAUGUUUUUGACCCGUAAAAUGGUCAAUGAACUAGGCCCUGAGAAUAACGACCCGGAUGAUGCCUACCACGAUGAGUGGCGAGAUGCUUUGCUUGCACUUCUGCGCACUCUUCCAAGCUCGAGCACACGUACACCGGAAACCCUGGUUGCAGCAGGUCUGAUUCCCAUGUUUGUUGACAUUCUGAAUCUGCGGACUGAAAAAUCCCGCCGAGUCUAUUCCCGUAUCAUGGAGUUCCUCGACACAUUUGUGCAUGCGGUCCGGGAUGCACUGGGUACGCUGACAACAGCAAAGGGCUUCGAUGCCAUGUCUGAUUUGAUCGAUCACGAGACCAAGACCGCCUUCGAGAAGGUCAAUCGCGGGGAUGGAUUCCCUGCUCAAUACAAAAACCCUUCGAUUGACUAUCAAAUUCCUUACUUCCAGCAGCAGACUUUGCGCUGGAUGUUCCGUUUCGUCAAUCAUAUCAUGCAGCACAAUGGUGGAGGCUUCGAUCGUGUUCUGCGAAACUUGAUCGACUCGCCUCAGCUGUUGACUUCUCUUCGCCUUGUGUUCGAGAAUGCUCGUGUGUUCGGCUCGCAUGUUUGGAGCAAUGCUGUCAACAUUCUCAGCAGCUUCAUUCACAACGAGCCUACUAGUUAUGCUGUCAUCGCCGAGGCUGGCCUCAGCAAGAGCCUUCUUGCUGCCGUGAUGGGUCGUGAACUUCAGGUGCUGGAGAAGCCGCCAGCCGUGGAGCCUGAAGACCGUGAUACUGACACUGAGACCGAUGCCCCCGAACCCGCCACUCAACCACCUAGCGCCGAAGCUGCUAUCCAGUCUGAAGAAAAGCAGAAAGAUCGCGAGUAUGCUAUCGUCAGACCACAGAAUACUCCUCUUGCACCUGGCAUAAUGCCCGCAGCUGAUGCUCUUGCUUGUAUCCCUGGUGCAUUCGGAGCAAUCUGCUUGAACUCCUCCGGUCUGGACCUCUUCCAGUCCUCCGAUGCACUGGAGAGUUUCUUCGAAAUCUUUGAGAACCCUGAGCAUAUCAAAUGCCUGAAGGAUGACCCAGAACUGGUUCGUUCGUUAGGCACGACUUUUGAUGAGCUUGUCCGACAUCACCCAGCGUUGAAGACCUCUAUUAUGACUGCUGUUCUCGUAAUGGCUGCUCGUGUCAACAUCCUGGGGCGAGUCAAGGCAUGGGAGUUAGGUAUGGGGACAAAGAUGUGGACUGAAGACGCCGGCGGCAAAACCACUCUUUUGGGAGAUGUCUUCUCAUUGUUCCGAGAAAUCGGCACAGCCGCUGAUGCACCCACAGAUGAUCCUGCCUCGUUUGGUGCUCCCCAGCUCAAUGUGAACACUCUUCCCAAUGGCGCCAAGCUGGUCGUUGGGCAUCUGGAUCAUGUUCUUCCUUCGCCGGGCCCUGACUUCGAGCCUAAAGAUAAGGAUGCUCAUGGUCUCUCAGCUACGGACUACCUGUUCCCAGCUUUGCGAUUCCUGGGCGCUUUCUUCGAGAACCAGACGAACUGCACGUCAUUCAUCCUGGCCGGCGGCACAGAGUUCUUGUUGGAUCUUGCGACACUUCAAAGCUUGGCAUUUGAUUUCCAUAGCACCAACGCCAAUCAAGAGAUCACCGUGCUUAUUCACAUGCUCGCAGAAACGAAGCCUCACCUUGUGCUCCCGUCCCUCGUUCAACGCGCACAGGCAGCAGUGGACAAUCUCUCGGCCUUUUGGACUGCACCCACUGGAUCGGGAUUCUUCACAGAAUUGAUUAAACCAGCAGACUCGAAGAAGCCGGCUGUUGAGCCUACGGCUGCUGCCAAAUCUGGCACAUUCUUUGUAAGGCACUUGAAUGCCGUUCUUCUCCUCACAGAUGUCCUUCGCGAGGUUUUCGCGUCGCCACUGUACCAAACUCGACCUGGUCAGUCAACUUCCAUCUUUGGCCAAGCCAACCUUGCGGACCACUACUGUUCACUGAUUUCCUCAUUGAGCAACCUGCUUGCUUCUUGCGUGUGGGAAGGAAUUUUGCUGGAGAAGAACAUUCCUGAGAAGUGGCUGAAGGCCACACAGGCCUCCGCUGAAAAGCAUGGCUCUGGAAAGUCCAAGGCUGCCCCAGUUACGGAGCCUUCAGCAGUGCCUGGUGCCGAACCUCAACGGGAUGGCACUGGUGCACUAGAGACUGCUCCGGCUCAGCCAGGCCAGGCCCCGAAAGAAGAUGACACCGAAGUUGAUGAACAAUGUCCUGCUUUCAUGAAUGCGCGUACGCUUCGCUACCUUCUCAGCGCUCUGCCAACCUCGAUUACAGGAUUCUUGCACAAUCUCGGACUCGGCAUUAUCGGCAAGAGACGCACAGAUCCGCUCCAAAAACAGAAGGCGAAUGCAAUCCUGGUCUCAGAUGCCAUUGCUGAAGGUAUUCUUCGCCAAUUGCAAUUCAACCCUGCCAAUUCGAGUGACAGCCCUAAGCACCGAUUCGCAUAUCUCAUUGUCGUUCUUUCUCACUUCUCGCACCUUCUCUAUGAAGUCUCAGCAGAGCGUCCAAGUCCGAACUACUUAACUUCAGUUCUCGUUUCAUUCAAUAAAAACAACGGCCUCAAAGUUUUGAAAGAGAUCUGUGAUGUCUUCUUGAGCGACAUCAAGUCACUUCCAUCUGCCGAGUCCAUUCCUGAUCAGGACAAAGAGCUUGCUGACCGGCUUGCAUCCGGGUAUGGUGGAAUUAAGAUCAUUCUUGGGUUGUUCGCAGACCUCACUGCUGGAAAAUUCAUCGUGGACUCUAGCCAGACACAAGCCUUGACCUCUCACCCUGAACGGGAUCGAGAUCGUCCCGAUUACUUCCAGCCAGGUCAACUCUUGGUGGAACUUCGCAUGGAGAUUUUGCCCAUGGCCAAAGACAUGUGGAACUCGGACUUUGCGACCCAGUCAUCGAGUCCGAUUGUCCGAUUGUUGAUUGAUAUUAUGCGGUGCUCCUUGGAUGGUGAAUACGAGGCCGGUGCAGCUCGUAAAGCAGAUACCCCGCCCAUCUUAGUAGAGAUGCCCAAGAAACCUUUCGUCGUACACACAGAACGAGCAACUGCCUUGCUUGAGAAAGGGUACAUGGAUGUUGAUCUUAACAAAGAAGCCCUUUAUCGUUGCAACAAUCUCUUGAUGGCGGCCGAAGAAUACUGCAAGGCGCAGCAGUGGUUACGAGCCCCUCCCAGAGCCCCCCCGGGUCCCGGCGACAUCAAAACUGGAGUACCCGAGUCUGCAUCUGUCAUCGACCCUCUCGAUGACCCUGGUAUUGGAGAGGUUCAACCUUUUGGUGGCGCUAAUCCAGCCUUCGAUCGCUCUGCAGCUCUCCAAUUGCUUUUGGCCCAAGCAACUGGACGGCCCGUACCUGAUGCACAUGCACUACAUCGUCCUCCUGUUCCUGGAGGCAAUAUUGACUCCGACAUGCAUGAUGGGCUGGCUAGAGCUCUAGACAAUGUUCUCAACGACAAUGAUGACAUGGAUAGCGAUGAUCAAGGCGAGUCAUCAAACCAGCGUCGGCCCGACAGUCGUAACCUCGGGCCAAGCUCUUCUGAAAGUACCGGAGCAUCCCAGGGAGAGCCGGUCAAACAUCGCCACAUGGUCACAAUCGAAGAUUUAGAUGCAGAGAGGCAAAACAUUCGGUCAAAUCUGAUCGAUCGGGCCUUGGACAUUCUGAACGAACACCAUGAUGUCUCUUUCGAGCUGUCUGACUUGAUCACCUCGGCUAUCAAGAAGCAUAGCGAACCUGUGAGCUUCCGUCGAGACAUUGGAGAGACACUCGUUCAAUCGCUAGUCUCCCUGCAGAUGGAGAACUUCCAAACAGCUGGCAAAAAGAUUGCGGCCUAUGCACACAUUCUCGCACUGACCCUUCAAGAUCGUGACAUGUAUCGAGCGACUCUUGAAGAGCUCAAAGAUUGCUUCUCGACUUUCCUUGGAUUUAUCAAGCUCCCAACACCCGAGAAGGCUGACCAAGAAACCUUCCCUUGGGUUGGACAUGUCCUGCUCAUUCUCGAGAAGCUGCUGUCUGAUGAUUGCCAGCCUCCCCAGAUUACCUGGACCCUGCCAAGUCUUGAUGAUCCCAAUCCCAGCGGCGAUGCACCAGCUCAUCUUGAAGAUCCACUUGUCUCCCUCGGGGAGAAGACCCAGCUAUUUGAAGCUCUUGUCGAGAUCCUACCCCGAGUAGGCAAAGAUGACACACUGGCGCUCUCCAUAUGCCGUGUUCUUGUCAUUCUCACCCGUGAGCGCAGCAUUGCCGCCCGCUUUGGCGAGAAGCGAAACCUUCAGCGUUUGUUUGUGAUGGUCAAGCAACUUUCCAGUGCUACAAAUGAUAAACUCCAAAGCUCCUUCAUGCUGAUCCUUCGUCACAUCGUCGAGGACGAAGCUACUAUCCGGCAGAUCAUGAGGAGCGAAAUUGUUGCCAACUUCGAGUCCAAGACUACCCGUCAGAUUGACACGAACGGCUAUGUACGCCAGCUGUAUCACCUCGUGCUGAGAGCUCCUGAUAUCUUUGUGGAAGUUACAAAUGAAAAGCUGCGGUUGCUCAGAUAUGACAACCAUCAACGUCCGCAGGUUCUUGGAUUGAAGGCCGACAAAGACAGGCAACAAAAACGAGGAAGGCCCAUUAUCCUCCUCGAAGAGUCCAAGCCAGAAUCAUCUUCAGCAGGAGGCGAAGCACCUGCUCCCGAAGAUAUGGACAAAAGCAAGGAGGACAAGGCCAAGACCCAAACCAAGGGUGCCGAACUUAAAGCUCCAAUUGUGGAGAACCCGGAUGGUGUUAUCCAUUAUUUGCUUUCAGAGCUUCUGUCCUACAAGGAUGUGGACGACAAAGAAGCCGGUCCCGAAUUCCCAGAGCAGACAGCUGACCAAUCUGAUACUCAAACUGAUGUUGAGAUGGCUAUGGACGAGCCAACACCUUCAGUUUCGAGCACCGCCGAAGCACAUGCAUCUCGCGGUUCCAAGAAGGCAGAGAAGCCCCAAUUCAAGGCAGAUGACCACCCGAUUUACAUAUACCGCUGCUUGCUCCUUCAAUGCUUGACGGAGCUUCUCUCCUCUUACAACCGGACCAAGGUCGAGUUCAUCAACUUUUCCCGCAAGGCUGACCCUCUUGCCACUACGCCCUCUAAACCGCGCUCUGGCGUCCUAAACUAUUUGUUGAACGUGCUUGUUCCCCUCGGUACUAUGGACCAUGAUGAGACUUUGGUGUUCAAAAAACGCAGCAUCACCUCCACAUGGACCAUGCAAGUGCUUGUUGCGCUUUGCACCAAGACCGGCGAAUUCGGCGGUGUUGGUAGACGUCGUACCGAACCAAAGUAUGAAGAGGAUGAGCCCGAGCUUGCCUUUGUCCGCCGUUUCGUGCUGGAGCAUGCUCUACGGUCCUACAAAGAUGCUAUGGCGUCUACUGAACCGCUAGACGCCAAGUAUUCCAAGCUCAUGUGUCUUGCUGACCUCUUCGACAAAAUGCUCAGCGGCUACUCCUUCACCAACGACGCGGGAUUCCCAACUUCAACCAGGCAGCUCGCGAAGACCAUGUUCGAAAAGAAUUUUAUCCCCGCCCUCACUUCUUCAGUCGCCGAUGUUGACUUGAAUUUCCCGUCCUCCAGGCGUGUCAUUAAGUACAUUCUUCGUCCAUUAAAUAAACUCACCCAGACUGCCGUACUUCUCAGCGAGAACUCUGAUAUCACCAUCCAAGGUGAGAACGAGGAUGAUGAUAUCUCAUCGGCAACCUCCGUUUCUGACUUGGAAGAUGAACGCGAAGAAACACCUGAUCUCUUCCGCCACUCUACUCUUGGCAUGCUAGAGCCUCGUCACGACGAGGAGGAGAGCAGCACCGAAGAAUCAGAGGAUGAAGACGAUGAGAUGUACGAUGAUGAAUAUGACGAAGAAAUGGACUACGACGAGGAUGUCGCUGAAGAUGAUGGUGAAGUUGUCAGCGACGAAGAUGACGAUGGUAUGGGUCCAAUCGAAGGUCUUUCCGGUGAUGCAGUCGAAGUCAUCUUAGACGAAGAUGAUGAUGAAGACGAGGAUGAUGACGAUGAAGAUCACGACCAUUUGGACAUGCAUGAUGACAUGUAUGACGGAGAAAUCGGUGGUGAUCGAGACAACGAAAGCCUCGGAGAAGGCGAAGAGGACGAGUGGGAAAGCGAAGAAAUGACCGAAGACGAAGAGGAGGUCGAGAUGAUGAACCAAUUCGAAGAUGAAAUGGCCGACAUCAGACAAUCCACCCGACACCAAGGUGAGGAUCAGCAUCUUGGUGACCUAUUCCGUGCCCUAAAUGGUACAGGUGUCGAUGAUAUCCAUGGAGAUGCUCUAGGUGGCGAUAUUCAUGAAGAAAUUCUUGAUGAUCUCGAUGAAGAUGGUUUGUCCCUCCUUAGACUGCUGAGGCAACUCCCAGUGCCCCUGUCACGACCAGCCUUGCUGACAUCCCGUCCAGUUGAAGACGAAGAUGAAAUGGAUGAACUUGACGAGGACAUGGAUGAUUUCGACGAGGAACAAGGAUCCUAUGGGGAUAUGGAAGGUGGGUUCAACUCUCCUCAUUAUAAUCGCGCAUCAUUAAUGACUCGCCUAGCAGACGACGAUCUUCUUGAGCCAUGGGGAUGGGAAGGCGAUGAGCCUCCAAUGGCCCGAGGAAAUCCCCAAUCCCGCUUCCGCGGCGGCCCACCACCGGCCUGGGCUACUGUCACUGAAAUCAUGCCAGGUCGCCAAUCCGGUCUUGUUCCCAUUCAGCCUUACCAUCGUGUCCACCGAACCCAAAUCCCGUCUCGCGGCAACGACGAUGGAACUAAUCCUCUUCUGGUCCGGACUGACCGCCCAGAUCCUGCCGUUCCAUCUCGUGGGGCUACUGCUGAUCCUUUCGCCGAUUGGGGUCAGUCUAUGGACCCUGCAGGUGGCCGAGUUGUUGCUAUGGAUAGCCCCAUCAGCUUCAUGAAUGCCAUUAUGCAAGCCAUUGGCGGACAGGCGGCGCCAGGUUUCGGCGUUGUCACUCGCCCUGAUGGUAUUCAUGUCCACGUCGAUCGACGGGCAGUCUUGCCUGGUCGUAUCCAGGACAUGCUUGGAAUCCCUCGAGGGGCAGGUCCUCCAACUCGCACUCGCGGCGACGAUCCUCACACUGCUGUCAAGUUCGGUCUUGGUACCACCAGAAACCGCUGGCAAGAAGAGGCCCGCAUUAUUUUCAGCAGCCAGUAUGUUGAACGGACCCAACGCAUCAUCCCUUCCAUUCUAAAGCUCUUGGUUCCCCCUGCCAUCGAAGAGGAGAAGCAGCGCCAGAAGCUUGCGGAAGAGGAACGCAAACGUCUUCAAGCCGAAAGGGCUGAAAAGGACCGCCAAGAUCGCAUUGCCGCCGAAGAAAAACAGCGUGAGCUUAAGCAAAAAGAAGAGGAAGAAAAAGCUCGACUACAAGCAGAGAAAGAACGACAGGAAGCCGAACGCCAAGCUGCUGGGGUCGACGAGCCCAUGGAAGAUGUUCAAGAAAUCGAUACUGCAGUUGAAAGCGCUGGCCCAUCUACUCAACCCGAAGCCCUGCCUACUGAGCCUGCUCGUCGAGUUUACACGAACAUUAGGGGCCGCCAAGUUGAUAUCACGGGUCUGGAAAUUGAUUCAGAAUAUCUGGAGGCCCUGCCCGAGGAACUCCGGGAGGAAGUCAUCAUGCAACAGCUUGCUGAACAUCGGUCCCAGGCUGCCGCCGCGGGUGAGGAGGAUACUGAGAUAAACCAAGAAUUCCUUGAGGCCUUGCCUGCCGAGAUUCGCGAAGAAUUACUGCAACAAGAAGCGGCCGAUCGGCGCCGGCGGGAACGCGAGACCGCGCGACGACAGGCGGCUGCUGCUGGUGGGGUUGGCGCUACAGCUUCUAGCACUCAACCGGCAGAAGAAAUGGAUGCUGUCAGCUUCCUCGCUACUCUUGAUCCCUCUUUGCGCCAAGCCGUUCUAGCCGAUCAGCCCGAGGAUGUUCUCGCAACUUUAGGUCCAGAGUAUUUGACCGAAGCCCGUGGUAUGGGUGGUAGCGGCCGACGCAUGGCCCAGUUUGGUGACAUGAGUGGCAUUGAUCACCGACAGAGAACUGAGCCUGCUGCGGGCCAAGAGCCGAAGAAAGAACAGAGACGUCAAAUUGUUCAAAUGCUCGACAAGGCUGGUGUUGCAACCCUUCUACGCCUGAUGUUCAUGCCUCUUCAGGGCAACGCUCGCCAUCAAUUGAACGACAUUCUUCACAAUGUUUGUGAGAACCGCCAGAACCGGAGCGAAGUGAUCAGUGUCCUUCUUUCAAUUCUACAGGACGGCAGCGUUGAUUCCACUGCGAUUGAACGCAGCUUUUCCCAUCUUUCUCUGCGUGCAAAGGCACCGGGAGUACAGAAGACGCCGCAGUCUAAGCGGACCCUCGCUCUCCAGACUGCUUCAAGCGUCAGCAGUGAAGUGACUCCAAUUAUGGUUAUCCAACAAUGUAUCGCUGCACUGUCUUUCCUUUCGCAGUUCAACCCUCAUAUUGCUUGGUUCUUCUUGACAGAGCAUGACUCUGCCUCAGCUGGUAAACUCAAGUCAUUGCGCAAGGGCAAAGCCAAAGAAAACCGAGCUAACAAGUUUGCUCUGAAUGCCUUGCUUUCUCUUCUUGACCGCAAGUUGAUAAUGGAAAGCCCUAACUGUAUGGAGCAACUCUCUAGCCUCCUUAGCAGCAUCACACAGCCACUGACUGUUCUCCUUCGUCGUGAGAAAGAGCGACAGGAAGAGGGCAAAGGCAAGAAGCCUGAAAGACCUCAAAUCGAAGCACCUACCGACCAAAUUGCCGAAGCUGCCGAUUCCAGUAUGGACACAUCCAUGACCGAUGCUCCGCUGCCCACUGUGGAAACCCCUAACCAAGAGAACGUCGAGGGUGAAGAAGCUACUUCAGCUGAAGCCAAGAAAGCUGAAGAUUCCAAGGGGCCUGCCGAGGACGAGAAGCGCAAGAAGCGAACCAUCGAGCCUCCUGUCAUUCCGGAUCACAACCUUCGACUGGUUGUUCAAAUCCUUGCGGCUCGCGAGUGCAAUGGCAAGAUAUUCCGCGAUACGCUUUCCACCAUCAACAAUCUUUCUGCUGUUCCUGGAGCUAGAGACGUGAUCGGCAAUGAAUUGGUUGCUCAAGCGCAAGCCCUUAGCGAUACCAUCUUGGCUGAUUUGGGGGAUCUUCUCCCUCAUAUCCACCAGGCCAAGACUGGUACUGACAUGCAAGGCCUUGCUCUGGCCAAGUUCUCCCCAGCUAGCUCAGACCAGGCAAAAUUGCUACGUAUCCUGACCGCACUUGAUUACCUGUUUGACAAUACACGAGCGGAUAAGUCCAAGGAUAUUGAGGCUGAAUCCGCCCCCAAGGAGGAUGUGCUCAAGAGACUUUAUGAAAGUGCCACUUUCGGCCCGCUUUGGACUAAGCUGAGUGACUGCUUGACUGUCAUUCGACAGAAGGAAAAUAUGCUGAACGUGGCUACUAUUCUCCUCCCUCUCAUUGAGGCAUUGAUGGUCGUUUGCAAGAACACCACGCUGAAGGACCAGCCAUUGUCUCGCGCCAGCCGUGAAUUGUCAGUAAACAGCACCUCAGCUGAUGCUAGUCUCAGCAUGGAAAGCAUCUUCUUCAAGUUCACCGAAGAACAUCGCAAGAUUCUCAAUGAGCUCGUCCGUCAGAACCCUCGCCUGAUGAGCGGCACCUUCUCCCUAUUGGUCAAGAACCCCAAGGUUCUAGAAUUCGACAAUAAACGCAACUACUUUACUCGUCGUGUUCACUCCCGUGGUGCCGAGCCUCGCCACCCUCAUCCUCCUCUUCAGCUUUCUGUGCGCCGAGCUGAGGUUUUCCUUGACUCCUUUAAGUCCUUGUACUUCAAGAGCGCAGAUGAGUUGAAGUAUGGCAAAUUGAAUGUUAGAUUCCAUGGCGAGGAGGGUGUCGAUGCUGGUGGUGUCACCAGAGAAUGGUUCCAGGUCCUUGCCCGUGGCAUGUUCAACCCUAACUACGCCUUGUUCAUCCCUGUCGCCGCUGAUCGGACUACCUUCCACCCCAACCGUCUCAGUGGGGUCAACUCGGAGCAUCUCAUGUUCUUCAAGUUCAUCGGGCGGAUCAUCGGUAAGGCCUUGUACGAAGGCCGUGUCCUCGACUGCCACUUCAGCCGAGCAGUCUACAAGAAUAUCCUCGGACGAUCCGUGUCUAUCAAGGAUAUGGAAACGCUCGACCUGGACUACUACAAAUCACUUCUGUGGAUGCUGGAGAAUGACAUUACUGAUAUUAUUACCGAAACCUUCGCCAUUGAAACUGAUGACUUUGGCGAGAAGCAAGUCAUCGACCUGAAGCCCGGUGGUCACGACAUUCCCGUUACACAGGAGAACAAGGAGGAGUACGUUCAACGCGUGGUCGAAUAUCGCCUUGUCGAGUCGGUUCGCGAGCAACUGGACAACUUCCUCAAGGGUUUCCACGAAAUCAUUCCUCCCGAGCUGAUCUCUAUUUUCAACGAGCAAGAGCUGGAACUUUUGAUUUCUGGUCUUCCUGAUAUCGAUGUGGAUGAGUGGAAGAACAACACCGAGUAUCACAACUAUUCUGCAUCCUCAUCGCAGAUCCAGUGGUUCUGGCGUGCCGUCCGCUCAUUCGACAAGGAGGAGCGUGCCAAGCUUUUGCAGUUUGUCACUGGAACUAGUAAGGUUCCUCUCAAUGGCUUCAAAGAACUUGAGGGCAUGAACGGUGUGAGCAAGUUCAACAUCCAUCGCGACUAUGGCAAUAAGGAUCGCCUUCCCAGCUCGCAUACCUGUUUCAACCAGCUUGAUCUUCCUGAGUAUGAAAGUUACGAAGAUCUCCGUCAACGCCUUUACACAGCCGUGACGGCUGGUAGUGAAUACUUCGGUCACCCAGAGCUUGCCAACCUAGUUGCUGACCGGCUCGGUAUUGAGUUGACCAAGAUUAUGGUCCUGCAAUACUCCAACCAAGAAACCAGUGUCACAAUCGGAGAGAGCGUGCGGGACGAAGAUGUCUUCAUUCUCCAAUCGACGAAACCCAAUGAUAUCAACGAUGGACUCAUGGAACUUCUGAUCAUGAUCAACGCUUGCAAAACUGCCUCGGCCCGCCGCAUCACAGCCGUCAUCCCCAACUUCCCUUAUGCCCGACAAGAUAAGAAGGACAAGAGUCGUGCUCCGAUCACCGCUAAGCUGAUGGCGAACAUGCUCCAGACCGCCGGCUGCAACCACGUCAUCACCAUGGAUUUGCACGCCAGCCAGAUCCAGGGCUUCUUUAACGUCCCCGUCGACAACCUGUACGCCGAGCCCAGCAUGCUCAAGUACAUCCGUGAGAACCUCGAUGUCAGCAACUGUGUCAUCGUCAGCCCGGACGCUGGCGGUGCCAAGCGUGCUACUGCUAUUGCUGAUCGCCUGGACUUGCAAUUUGCGCUUAUUCACAAGGAGCGCGCUCGUCCCAACGAGGUCUCGCGCAUGGUUCUUGUCGGUAAUGUCAAGGACAAGGUCGCUAUCAUCGUUGACGAUAUGGCCGAUACCUGCGGCACACUCGCCAAGGCUGCCGAAACUGUCAUGCAGCACGGUGCCACUGAAGUCAACGCCAUCGUUGUACACGGUAUUCUGUCCGGCAAGGCGAUUGAGAACCUGAAUGGCAGCUGCCUCAAGCGCAUUAUCGUCAGCAACACAGUCCCCUUGGGCGACAAGCAAGAGCAAUGCGACAAGAUCCAUACGAUCGAUAUCAGCCCUACCUUGGCAGAGGCAUGCCGUCGUACACACAACGGCGAGUCUGUUAGCUUCUUGUUCUCGCACACCGUGGGAUAAAUCAGAGGCAGAAAUGAAUUAUUACAUCAAGACAGAGGAUCAGAUCUACUGGUUGUCCUAGUGAUUACCUACGAGUGUGGUUGCGC